ACUGCCAAAUGCAGGGCGAUGAAGACGAUCAGAGCAACGUUAUAAAGAGCUGUCAGGAGCGUCAUGGUCCCGAUCCAAUCAAACGAAGAAGAAUGUUAAAAUCUUGGAAAAGGGGAGAUCGAUUGAGACACAAGAUGGAAUCGAUUUUCUUCUUUAAUGUCCAGCAACCGUGGAUGAAAUGUUGUUCAUUUUUUUUUCCACCCUCGCUAAUCUGAUGAACUCGGCUGAUGGACACGAUUGUGACGUAACAGAAUUUCGCUCGAGUCUUUGGCGCAAACGGAAACAUACACAAACAACUGACACUUGCGCUUGUAUAAUGCUCUUCUUAUCGGUGUUCUUUUCGCUCUUCUUUGCGAAGGGAAAUUGAAAGACAACAAAGCAAAAGCAAACAAGCUCUUGGGUAUAGUUGGCGUUUCCUUCCUUGGUUGUUUGUUAUCACUUUGACACUGUCAGUUAAACGAAAAGAAAAGAAAAAGAAGAAAAAGAAAAACAAGGUCCGAGAACGCGGAAGACGGCCCAGUUCGUCGCCGAAAAUGAGAGGAGACAAAACGUCAACAACGACAACGGCGAAAAAACAACACGAACGAAAAAAAAAAAAAUCUAUUCAAAAAUUGAAAGAAAAAGAGAAGCCGGGGAGAUUCGUAAAUGUUGAAAAAACCUCGCACGCAAGGGACGAGAGCACAGAUGAAAGAAUAAGUGACUCUAGAGAGACGACGAGGAAAUAUACAUUCAAGUGAUGGCGUCGCACCGUGUAGACACACUUCUCGUGUGUCAGCCUCCACCACCAUCACCGGCGCCUACUACCCUCGCCAGCAGUUUAAAAAGAGGGAAAGUAAAAAAAAAAAAAAGGGAACCUCUUGAAUCUCUCACUCUGAGUCCCGGUGUGUGCUAUUUUUAAAACCGCGCGGUAUGUAACGCCCCUGACCGAGACAGCACCAGCACCAAAUAAAAUGAGAUUGGAAAAAAAAAAGGAAUAAAAUAAAAGUAAAAUUGAAGAGGGGGGUGGAUGGGAAAACAAUAAAAGUGGAAGGCAAGGGAAAGAAAAAAAAAAACCCACAAAAACAGAAGUGAGGAGAGAGGGCUACUAAAGUGGAGAGGAAGGGAGAGAAAAAAUAUAUUCAACAUCGCGCAUGGUGGAAAUGGGAUGAAGGGACGCACCGGUUCGCUCAGUCACAUGCGUUUCGGACAGCGGAAUAAAUAGUUUAAAAAGUUGGUGUCUGGAAUAGAGGAAUUUUUAGUGAGGAAUUUGGUGAUGAUUGGUGUGUGGAGCUUGAUUUGGGAAAACCACUCCACCACAUAACAGAGCACUGCUGAAGUAGAUGAAAGAGGGUAAACUCGUUUUUUUUGGUUUUUUUUUGCACGAGCGCCUGCGCUCCGGAGCUUCUCCGACCAAUAACGACUGGCCGGCGAUGAAAGAGCGGGUCGACAUCGGGAGGAGGGACGAACGGAGAGACAAGAGACGGAUGGAGUUUUGGGUCUCCUCAUCCGGGCGGCAGCGCGUGGGUCAGAGUACGCACUCCCGAAAAUAAAAAAAAAAAUAAAAAUCCUACGCAACACACACACAAAGAUGACGAACGCCAGUGAAAUAUCCAGUAACUGGCGGGUUGUCGGUGUUGAACGAGGUCUCACAGUUGAACUCCCCAUCCAUUUAGCGAGCCACUUUCAUUGAAGGAUGACUAUUCCUUUCCUAAACUGUUCAUCCUUCAUCUUGGCCAGUGAAUUUUAAAACCCCAGUUUGAGCGUUUCUGCCACAAGUGAUUUCCGAUUUCCUUCGCACGGUUCGUUCAUUUUAUUUUCAGAUUUAUUUAUUUUCUUUUUUUGAGAACAAGAAAAGCGAAGAUUGCGAAAUAUUAAAACGAGGAAAUCAUUAGUACGUCGUUGUCGUUACAACGACCGUGCCUGGCGCCGAGUGCUGUCGUGAGAAUGCCGUAGUUGCUGGUGCGUGUCGUCGCCAUUAGACGCGAUUUGUGUCGUCUCGGUGAACAAACACACACAGGAGAACCUACAUCCCAGAGCAGUAUUUUUGUUUUCCCUUCGUCCAGUGUAUCUGUGUGUGUGUGUGUGUGUAAAGACAAUUACGGAAGAGAUCGAAAAGAUCGUAAUCCAAAUGCAAUCAAAGAAAGAGAAUAAUGGAAAGGAAGCAAAUGGGAAUGAUAAUAACGAACGUGUUGUCCUGCAACUGGCCAUUCCAUCAAAACCAACAGUCAUCAGUGUCUCGGUUAUUGUUGGCCUGCGGUGUUAGUGGUGCCAGUGAUGGUGAAAGUGCUGCGAUCUUAUUACCCCAUAACGUGUCGUUCUGGCUGAUCCAGAUUGCCAAGACUGAGGAAUGAGUGACAGUAAGCCGGACAACAAUCCAAAGGCGGUAGCAUCAAUUUCUACUUGUACGCCAAGCUCUUUACCUUCUUCACCAAAGACCACUGCUAGUCAAGGCGGCGGAGUGAAUUGUGCUGGCGUGGCCAAAAUGACUUCGACGAAUUUUGUGCCGUUGCCAGCAGCGAACGCGGUGCCAGGGACGCCCGCAGCGUCGGCAGCUAUUGCGGCGACGACGACGCCCACAACGACUGCGAACGUGGCUGUCCUCGUGCCGUCCAAAAUUGAUCCUCUCCAUCAUCAUCAGACUCAAUCGCUGCAGCCGAAGAAACAUCAAAGCGUCAAGCUGAAAAAGGUGAAAAAACAAUUGCAAGCCAUGGGCAUCCGUGCGCCAGCCACGUCUUCCAGCACCGUUCCAGAAUGGCGUUCGUCUUGGAGCCGUCGAUCACAGCGCUCCGAACGGAGCCAUCAUCCGGAACAGCCGUUGGCCAACAACAAUAGUGUCAUGACCGUCAGUACGCCCAACAUGUCGAGCGCCAUCAGGCGGGCGGCAGGUGCGACAGCUCCGGCCGAUGUGCAAAGUGCAACGGGACGCGUUGGACUAUUGUCCGGCAGUGAAACGGAUCGAGACGAAGAAGAGAGGGAAGAAGACGAGGAAGAAGAGCAGCGAUUAAUGGCCGGAAUGCGCAUUCAAAUGAUGUCGUCGCCAGGUGGAGGAGGUCCAGGUGUCCCCCUCCAUCAGUAUCACUCGCAUUCAAUGACUUCCCUUCCGCCCGAACCUUUCAUGAUUAUGCGGAGCAAAGCGCUCAAUCGCCGCGUCAGCAUCAACGUCGGAGGCGUCCGGCACGAAGUCCUCUGGCGGACGCUGGAACGCUUGCCGCACACUCGGCUGGGCCGGCUGCGGGAUUGCAACAGUCACGAAGCCAUCGUCGAAUUGUGCGACGAUUACUCGCUGGUGGACAAUGAAUAUUUUUUCGACCGCCAUCCGCGCUCGUUUUCGUCCAUCCUCAACUUCUACCGGACGGGCAAACUUCACCUGGUGGAGGAGAUGUGCGUCAUCGCUUUCUCCGACGACUUGGAGUACUGGGGCAUCGAUGAGCUCUACCUGGAAUCGUGCUGUCAGCACAAAUAUCAUCAGAGGAAAGAACACGUGCACGAAGAGAUGCGCAAAGAGGCCGAAAGCCUCAAACAGCGCGACGAAGAAGAGUUUGGCGAAGGAUUUUGCGCUCACUACCAGAAGCUUUUGUGGGACCUCCUGGAGAAACCGACAUCUUCGUUCCCGGCCAGGGUGGUGGCGGUGAUUUCGAUCCUGUUCAUCAUCCUGUCGACUGUGGCGCUGACUCUGAACACAUUGCCGGCCCUGCAAGAGGAAGGCGACGUGGCCGGAACGACAAUGGACAACCCGAGUCUAGCGACGGUCGAGGCCGUGUGCAUCACAUGGUUCACGGCCGAGUACUUGCUGCGCUUCGCCGCCUCGCCCAGCAAGUGGAAAUUCUUCAAAGGCGCUCUGAACGUGAUUGACCUGUUGGCCAUUUUGCCCUAUUUUAUCUCGUUGCUGCUGAUCGAGACGAAGAACAAUUCCGAUCAGUUCCAAGACGUCCGGCGCGUCGUUCAAAUCUUCCGCAUUAUGCGCAUUUUGCGCAUUUUGAAAUUAGCCCGCCAUUCGACUGGCCUGCAGAGCCUCGGCUUUACGUUGCGCAAUUCGUACAAGGAGCUCGGCCUGUUGAUGCUCUUCUUAGCCAUGGGCGUUCUCAUUUUUUCGUCGCUGUGUUAUUUCGCCGAGAAAGACGAACCCGGUUCCAAGUACACCAGCAUUCCUGAAACCUUCUGGUGGGCCGGAAUUACCAUGACGACGGUCGGCUACGGUGAUAUCUAUCCGGUCACACCCUUAGGGAAGGUUAUCGGAAGCGUCUGCUGCAUUUGCGGAGUACUGGUCAUUGCCUUGCCCAUCCCCAUCGUCGUCAACAAUUUCACAGAGUUUUACAAGAAUCAAAUGCGGAGGGAGAAAGCGCUCAAGCGCAAAGAGGCCUUAGAGCGGGCUAAGAGAGAGGGCAGUAUCGUCUCGUUUCAUCACGUCAACCUACGCGACGCCUUCGCCAAGAGUAUGGACAUCAUCGACGUCAUCGUCGAUACAGGUCACAACAUGUCGCAAACGGAUGGGAACAGUAUGGGCGGCGAGAGCGGACCUGUCGGCCACACGGGCACCGGUUGCUAUAAGAAUCACGAGCACAGUCUGAUGCUGCAUCCGCAGCACGGAGCUGCCAAUCGGCUGGUACCUGCCACCGGUGGCCAAAGGAGACAGUCGGCCACCACCGGCGCCAUAUCAAUCGCCGCCGUGACAGCUCUACUCGCCUCCAGUCCCGCAACGAACGUCAGCGGCAUUCAACACCCGCCCGCAGCGCCACCCAACAAUUUGGUGGAUUUAGGUGAUUCACCGUGUUCGAGGAAGAGGUUGUUAUCGUUCAACGAUCAACAACAUCCGUCCGUCUCUAGUCCGUUGUCGCCGCACAGGCCUCCGCGUCGUGCGGAUAAUAAUAAUGGCGGUUCAGUGCGAGCUGCACCUCCCGGUAAUUCAAAUAGUAGUAAUAAUAACUCUUCUACCGCCGCUGCCGCUGUGGCUGCUCUUGCAGCAACACCUUCUUCCGCAUUCCACUCGCCGGAUUUGAAUGAGUUUGUAGAGUCGCUACCGGGAUUGAAAAAGCUCCAGCCCUAUUCUUCUUCUUCUUCUUCCUCGGCUGCUGCUGUGAUCAAUAUGAUGACGCCUGGGCCGGCAACGACGCUCAUCGAAAUGCAGCCAAUGGGACGCAAUCCGUCGUCGUGUCCCACGGCUCCCAGCUCCAUCCAUUUGUCCGCUAGCAACAAAUCGUCACCUGCCAGGUCACAGAGACGGACAAGACCUACCGAUUUGGCCAGUUUCGACAGUUCGGACACCUGGGCCAGCUGUAAUCCCUUCCCGAGUAUCACCGAUUUGGCCGGCUGGUCACCGCAGAGCGGGACAGGUCCAGCAGAAAGAGAUGCUUCCGAUUUGUACGUGAAACCUUUGGAGAACGAGAACAAACAGCAACAUUACGUCACGGUAGACGAGACUUCCAGGCUACUUUAUCAAUCGAUUAACGAACAAGCAGACGACGAUGAUUCGCCCGUCAAAGCCCAAGCGGCCAAUCGAAAAAUUCAAACGGCCAGCAACAAACCGCGGCCGAGAUUCAAAGAAGCUUUCAGCUCGGACGAUGAAGAACGCCCCACCACCGUCGUCACCACUAGUUCUUCCAAGAACAAAGAGGCCAGCAGCGGAGGAUUCGGUUUGAAGGGAGGCGGAAUUGUCGGUUCGGUCAACAAAAAAUUCCGUCAGAAAUCAAGUCCAUCCAGCAGUGGCAAGCCUUCCUUCCUGACGGGCAAAGGUAUCGCUUCCGCCACUCGUUUCCUCAACUAUCGAUUCCACAGUCUCCAAAGCGCAGAUAAUCGAGGACGCGCAAGUCCCGAUCGCAAAAAAUCCAUUUUGAAGCGAUCCGGAGAAGUGAGUGGAGGGGGUGGAGGUGGUGGAGGUUCAACUUCUGUGGGUUCAACAUCAGCUGGAGCUCUAUCCGACCAGGACACAGAGAUGGAGAAGUUGAUUGGUGGUGAAGGAGGCGGCGCCACUGCAUCCGAGAGUGGCUCCGAACCCUUUUCGCCCGUCGUAGCCCAGCGCAGCAGUAACCGAAGACGGAUGAAUGACGCAUUGGUAGGAGGAGGCAACAAGACCAGGCCGUCCGAAACGGCCGACAGCGGACACAUCAGCAUCAACAUGGGCGGCAACUUGAUGACAUCUUGCGCACUAGACGAUUGGCCUUUUGCCGACUAUUCGCCAACCGAAGAGGCGAUCACUUCCGGUCAUCCAUCCACCGCAACGUGAAACCGGAAGCCAAUCCGCAUUGUGGGAAGGCUGCCGUCCAACACCCACUGCCCUCUGUGAAGCCGAAAGACAAAAAAAAAAAAAGAAAAGAAAAACCCGCUCAACUCCGUAACGAAAACGACGUCCCUCGCGGAGAGAAAUACAAUUGGCCUCAAAGGCACACGCAUCAGACGGGCCGUCAAAACUUUCCAAGAAAAGUGACAAUCACACACACAGAUACACACACACACAGAGAAAAAGGCUCUCUUUUUUGUUCUUUGUUGUUAAAUAAGGUAACGAAACACCACAACUAUUUCUCUCCCUCCUUUCUUCUUAUUUUUCGCCGAAGCAAUAUUAUAUGUAUAGGAGGACAACUAUUGGCUGUCUCUAUUUCAUCGUUAUGUCGGUUCUCUUAUUGUAUGUAUGGUGCGUUAUAUUUAAAAAUCAUCCCGAGUGACUGGCGUUCGUCUCGAUUUCUCUUCAUUUUUGUUUUGAAUACUUAAAAAAAUGUGCAAAGUUUGUUUUAUCGUCUUGUGUGAAGGGUUACAAAAAUCGUUCACAGAGGUCAUUCCAAAAGAAAAAAACGUGGCCGACAUCAUUUAAAAUUAAAAAUCUUUUUGUGUGUGUACUUUCAAAUAUCCUCGAUCUCUCCCUUUAAUAGUUUCGAUUUUUGUUUGUUUUAAACCUAGAAAAAAAAAAAAAAAAGACUUGUCCCGCUCAGCUUAAAUGCCGCUACAUUUUAACGCACAAUGUCUGUUAAUCAUUUCAGAUCCAAAAAAAAACGCAUUGGCAGUAAAUUACGAACAGCGUGUCUGCGUGUUUGUGAGUUAAAGAAAGCGGUAUACAUAAUAGUAUGUGACGUUUUUCUCUCGGACAUGACUAACGUCUAUCUCGAAAAUGCUUUCUGGUUAAUUGGUUGUGACUUUUGUCGUCUUUUAUUGUUUGUUCGUUAGUUUUUUCGCAGACAGAUAGACUCUUUCCUCAUAGGCGAUUGGGUUUGCGGAGUAAAGUAGCUAAUGUCGAUGACUUAAUACCGUGUGACAGAGGACCUCUUUAAUAUAAUUGGCGCACUUGCUAUGUGUGUACAACCAUAACCUUUUCCUUCCCAUCUCGCUAAUAUUAAAUUGGCCCUAUUGUCUCAUGUCUCAGUGCUUUGUUUUUUAAUGUUAUUGCAAGGAUGUAAUAGGCUGCCCAUUUCCUUUGUCAGUCGUGUAGAGUGGGGAUUAUAUUCGACAUGAGCGCUCAAUCACUGUUAGUCUCUUUUCUUGAUUAUGGUCACUUCUAAAACUUUUUUUUUUUUAAAUUCUAGUUUUGAAUAAUGUCCUUUCUUUCAGCUCAUCCGCUAUGGUAAUUGACAUUGGUCAAAUUGUACACACACUCCCAAGGUUAACAGUUAACGUGUAUGAUAUUAUGUUACUAACGAAACAACAACCUGAAUGGAGAGAAAAAAAAAAAAAAAAACAAA